CCACCACCCACACACUGUAAACAUGGCCUCCGGCGUCGGCGUCAGCUCCGAGUGUCUCGACGCGUUCCAGGAGCUGAAGCUCGGGAAGAAGAGCAAGUACAUCGUCUUCACGCUCAACAAGUCGGUCACGGAGAUCGUCGUCGAGAAGAAGGGCGCGCCCACGAGCACGUACGACGACUUCCUCGCGGACCUCCCCGAGGCGGAGUGCCGGUGGGCCGUGUACGACUUCGACUACGAGAAGGAGGACGGCGGGAAGCGGAGCAAGAUUACGUUCUACAGCUGGUCUCCCGACGAUUCCAAGGUCAAGCAGAAGAUGUUGUUCGCCUCAUCCAAGGAGGCACUGCGGCGUUCGCUCGUCGGGAUCGCCACCGAGAUCCAAGGGACGGACUUCAGCGAGGUUACGCAUGAAGCCGUGCUCGACAAGGUCUCCCGAGGCAACUGAUCCCCCGCGCACAUACACGCUCGCGCGACGCGGACCGCUCCUCUUACCUCCGGACCCCCCUCCUGCCUUUCUUCGUCGUCCAGACGAAACUGCGUUUCGGAUCGCUGCCGGGUGGCGGCAUAGUCAGAGCACAAACCAACUGGCCCCCGAGCUGAAGAAGUGUUGUAGAGUUGUACAAAUGCAUAUCAAUAUCAUGAUCUCCGGACGGAUUAUACGCC